CAUGAUCGUGUACUUUGUUUUCUUUGUUUCAUUUCAACACGAUUGGAGUAUAGCACAGAAAGGUGGCUGUAGCGAUAAUAAAAAUGGAUGUUGUGCUGAAACAGUUUGGAAUGAAGCGCUCGGCAAAUGCACAGAAUGCAUGUCUGGAUACAUUGGCCAGUACUGCAAUGAAACCUGUGAAUAUCCACGUUACGGUAGGCGCUGUAUGAGGAAGUGUGACUGUGAACAGGACAGAUGUAACUUCAUGAUCGGAUGUCCCAACUAUGAGUCGUCAACGACGUUAAAACAAUCAAGCUUCAUCUAUCGAGAACGACAAACGUCAGCAGGUGCGUAUGCUAGGAUAUCGUCAAAAUAA